CCGACCGACUUGUUCAUCAUCAUCAUCACCAUCACCAUCAUCCUCGCCCAUCUGUAUCAUCUAAAGGCCACUCUGAACGACCAUAAAUCCGACCUGUCGGGAUUCCUUCCAACUGCCGACAUGGAUGGACGCACAGCACCAAAAGACAAAUAAGUCUGCUCAGUUUGCUUGCUACCUACGAGAACAUACAUACAUCAUCGAGUAUUACAUCCUACAUUUAUCUUUUCGCGCUGCUGUUCCCCCCCUCUAUCCAUUUGUUCCCCUACCUAUACAGCGCAUUCAAGCAGGACUACCAGGCAAGCAAGCAAGCAACAAGAGAGGGCGAAAGUUUUUGGGGACGACUUUUUUUUUUCUUUCUUUUUUGGUCACGGAAACAAAAGGCUGCGACAAGAACUACCUACAUACCUACCUGCCUUACCUUAUCACGAACCGGCGACUGCGAACCGCCGAACCGUGAACUGCGCGACUUGGAAACCAAACCACUAUGUGUGAUUACACAAAAGUGGAGUAUGCAUGCUAUCAUCUGCGAUAUACAGUUCGCGCAUGGUGCGUCAAGUACCAGGAGACACAUAAGGUACCUACCUACCUUACCUUGACUUUUUUUUUUCCUUUCCUCCCUUUCUUUCGCCAUAUUUUUGGGGAUUAUUGCUGGUUACCUCAGGUAGCUAUGUUGUUUGGAAAUAAACAAUGGAUGCUGAUUUACUCUUCUACUUCCUAUUCAGCGGUGUCCGGCAAAUGUGGUAGCAGUCGAAUAUCGUCUCGAUGAACGAUGUGGAGACUGCAGAGACUCUCCCGCACCAAUGUAUACACUCAAAAAGAAAGCGUCGAAAUUACCGAAUUAUAAGAAGGACAAUGGAUUAUCAUCAUCGUCUUCUUCUUCCAAGUUGCAAUGAACAGAUAGUCGCCAAGAAGAAGAGGAAGAAGAAGGAGGAGAAGAAGAAGAAGAAGAAGAAGUUGCUAGCAGGACCUAUGCAGCUUCUUGAGUACCUAGGUACCUGUAGUUUCGGAAUACGGUUCUAGAUAGAUGGGUGGGGACAUGACCUUGUUAUUAUUAAUAUCAUCACUACUACAUGUAAUACUACUUACUACUACUACCUUACUAGAAGUCUAGGAGAAAGAUAGGAAGGAAGAAAGAAAGCAAGAAAGGAAGGGAGAUCACG